GCCAGUUUUUUAGUCCCUGUAGUAGACUAUUACAUGGAAUCUAUAGAUUACAUACACUGAUCAAUGCUGUGAUGCUGAGGCUGCCUGCAGGAUUGGAGCGUCGUUCAGACAGCGUGGAGCGAGGUUAGGGACCUCCACCCGUUCUCUCAGCUGACCGGGACCCCGCUAUUUCACUGUGGUAUUCCCUGCCUAGGCACUAGGGUUAUAGAACUAGUGCAGGGAAAGGUAGGUUCCCUAGGCCCCCGUUAUCGUCUUGUCAUGUAGCCUAUCUAGUGUCCCCCCUCGGGGGGGGGGGUACCCCAUUAUAUUAUACUAUACUAUAAUUUAGCCUCAGCGAAUAUAAGGUUCAAUUAUUAAGGCCUCGUCCGCGGAGUCUAACCUCUUCCGAGCAUCUAGGGUAUCUAUACCCAUGCCCUUCGCCUGUGGCUAUGUAAAAACUAUAUAUGUAUGCUGAUAUGUUGCCUCGGACCAGUUUUUGUAUCAAUAUAAUUAUGGGAGUCACCAAUGAAUUAUGGCAAUAGUGCCCAGUCAUUUAGGGUACCUAGACUUCUCAUUAUGUAUGUAUAUACUCCUAUGGUCUGAUUUAUACAUAGGCAGGUUUUUCUAUGCACCUGUUAUAUGCAUAAGGUAUCUCCGUAGUACUGCUUAUUAAAUAUAUAUUUAUGAAUAGUUUUAGGUUACAUACUUAACCUCUAUCCCGCUAGUUCCUCUUUAAUUUGCUUCAAACAUCCAGCCAUUAUGAAUAUACCAGGAUAUAAGAGUGUUUACCAUAGCCGUAAUCACAUGAUUCUUUUGUUUUCAUUGCGGCCGUCACCUGACCGCGCGCUGCACGAUAAUCGCCGGCCCCUAUGAUGUCAAUCAGGGGUGCGGCGGAAGUGACACGCGGCUCGGCCAGCGCAUAAGACGUCACACGCCGUGAUCCCAGCUACGGAAGUGCAUUAGCAGCCGGCAUUUACUGCAAGGCUCCCCGCCACUGUGGGUUAUAGCGCACCGUCCUGGGAUCACGGAUAUCGGCAGACUGUGACUGUGAGUAGCCGCAUACUGCGGAAGAGUGUUUUUUCUUUACAGAUACCAGCUGGACAGUUACUGAUAGGGGCUUUUCUCUUUCCUCUUUAGGUUUUCUGGAAAAUAUCCACGGCACAGUGGCCUGAUACAGACAGUCCUUGCCGUGAUCUCUUAGUCACAUUGGUUUAUUUAUAGGGUGCUCUUAGUACCACAAUUUUAUUAAGGUAUUUCAAGCUUUGUCCUUUGUCUCUCCUGAUGACGCCAUAUCAUUAGUGGCAGAAAUGCGUUGAGAGCGACACCCUGUAUGCUUGAUAUUGUUUCUGGAGUAAGAUCCAUAUCAUAACCAGAACAUUUAUAUUUAUUCGUUUGGGUUAUUUGAGCACUAUUCUUUUGGUGACGAUUUUAACUUUGUAAAAUUAAAAGUUAAGUAUUAUAUGCACCUCCCCUGGGAUUUCAUUUGAUUUAUCCCCUUUAUUAUUUCAUAAUGGAGGAUCAGCAGCCCCUCACAUCACCAGUCAGAUCCAGUAAGAGAACAGCACCAGAGAGGUGUCCCCCUCCUCUUGAUGAACAGAAUAUGGAGAACAUUACUACAGGGAAAGAUCUCAUCUAUAUUAAUUCUACAAACAUAAAGGAAGAAGAAGAGACAGAUGUGAGCAGUGAUGAGCAGUAUAAGGAGGACAUUCCUACAGAGAAAGAUCUCAUCUCUAUUAAUGCUACAGACAUAAAAGAAGAAGAGACAGAUGUGAGCAGUGAUGAGCAGUAUAAGGAGGACAUUUCUGCAGGGAAAGAUCUGAUCGAUAUUAAUGUUACAGACAUAGAGGAAGAAGAAGAGACAGAUGUGAGUGGUGAUGAGCAGUAUAAGGAUGACAUUUCUACAGAAAAAGAUCUGAUCUAUAUUAAUACUACAGACAUAAAGGAAGAACAAGACACAGAUGUGAGCGGUAAUGAGCAGUAUGAGGAGCACAUUCCUACAGUUAAAAAUCUGAUCUAUAAUAAAACUACAGACAUAAAGAAAGAAGAACAGACAGAUGUGAGCUGUGAUGAGCAGUAUAAGGAGGACAUUCCUACAGGGAAAGAUCUGAUCUAUAUUAAUACUGACACAAAGAAAGAAGAAGAAACAGAUGUGGGAAGUAAUGAGCAGUAUAAGGAGGACAUUCCUACAGGUAAAGAUCUGAUAUAUAUUAAUGCUCCAAACAUAAUAGUAAAAGCAGAAGAGACAGAUGUGAGCGGUGAUGAACAGUUUAAGGAGGACAUUACUACAGGUAACUACCCAGAUUCUUGUACCAGGAGAUCAGAGGAGAAUCUUAUAUCUUCAGAUUAUAAAGCAGAUGAUGAUAUCACACAAGAUACAUAUGAAGAACAUUCCAUUAUCCCAGAUACACCCUCAGCCCUUCACAGCCAAGAUCUGUCAUCUCAUCCUUAUAUACAGGUCCUGUCUUCUCAGUCAUCACAGGAUGUUAAGAAAAAGAAAGGUCACAGAAGGGGUGUUGGACAUGAAAGAGAUCAUACAGGAAAGAAACCAUAUUCAUGCUCAGAAUGUGGGAAAUGUUUUACUACUAAAUCAAGUCUUGUUAAACAUCAGAAAACUCACACAGGGGAGAAACCAUAUUCAUGUUCAGAAUGUGAGAAAUGUUUUACUGAGAAAUCAAAUCUUGUUAAACAUAAACAAACUCACACAGGAAAGAAACCAUUUUCAUGUUCAGAAUGUGGAAAAUGUUUUACUUCUAAAUCAAGUCUUUUUAAACAUAAACAAACUCACACAGGGGACAAACCAUAUUCAUGUUCAGAAUGUGGGAAAUGUUUUAUUGACAAAUCAAGUUUUGUUGUACAUGAAAAAACUCACACAGAGGAGAAGCCAUUUUGCUGUGCAGAGUGUGGGAAAUGUUUUAUUUUGAAAUCACAACUUGUUCAACAUCAAAGAACUCACACAGGGGAGAAGCCAUUUUCAUGUUCAGAAUGUGGGAAAUGUUUUACUCAGAAAUCACAUCUUGUUAAACAUCAAAUAACUCACACAGGAGAGAAGCCAUUUUCAUGCUCCGAAUGUGAAAAAUGUUUUACUGAGAAAUCAAAUCUUGUUAAACAUAAACAAACUCACACAGGUGAGAAGCCAUUUUCAUGCUCAGAAUGUGAGAAAUGUUUUACUCAGAAAUCACAUCUUGUUAAACAUCAAAUAACACACACAGGAGAGAAGCCAUUUUCAUGUGCUGAAUGUGGGAAAUGUUUUACUGAGAGAUCAAGUCUUGUUCAACAUCAAAGAACUCACACAGGGGAGAAGCCAUUUUCAUGUGCAGAAUGUGGGAGAUGUUUUACUCAGAAAUCACAUCUUAUUAAACAUCAAAGAACUCACACAGGAGAGAAGCCAUUUUCAUGUUCAAAAUGUAGGAAAUGUUUUACUCAGAAAUCAGGUCUUUUUCAACAUCAACGAGCUCAUACAGGAAAGAAACCAUAUUCAUGCUCAGAAUGUGGGAAAUGUUCUAUUAAGAAAUCAGUUGUUAUUAAACAUAAAAGAACUCACACAGGGGAGAAGCCAUUUUCAUGUUUACAGUGUGGAAAAUGUUUUACUGAAAAAUCAAAUCUUGUUAAACAUCAGAGAACUCACACAGGGGAGAAGCCUUUUUCAUGUUCACAAUGUGGAAAAUGUUUUACUGAAAAAUCAAGUCUUGUUCAACAUCAAAGAACUCACACAGGAGAGAAGCCAUUUUCAUGUUCACAAUGUGGGAAAUGUUUUACUGAAAAAUCAAAUCUUGUUAAACAUCAAAGAACUCACACAGGAGAGAAGCCAUUUCCAUGCUCAGAAUGUGGGAAACGUUUUACUUGCAAAUCAGAUGUUACUCGACAUCAAAGAACUCACACAGGGGAGAAACCAUUUUCAUGUUCAGAAUGUGGGAAAUGUUUUACUGAUAAAUCAAAUCUUGUUCAACAUAAAAGGACUCACACAGGGGAGAAGCCAUUUUCAUGCUCAAUAUGUGGGAAACGUUUUACUUGCAAAUCAGAUGUUACUCGACAUAAAAUAACUCACACAGGGGAGAAACCAUUUUCAUGUUCAGAAUGUGGGAAAUGUUUUACUGAUAAAUCAAGUCUUCUUAAACAUCAGAAAACUCACACAGGAGAGAAGCCAUGUUCAUGUUCAGAAUGUGGGAAAUGUUUUACUCGCAAUUCAAGUCUUACUAAGCAUAAAAGAAUUCACACAGGGGAGACGCCAUAUUCAUGUUCAGAAUGUGGGAAAUGCUUUACUCAUUAUACAAGUCUUUAUAGGCAUAAAAGAACUCACACAGGAGAGAAGCCAAUUCAGAACAAUAAAUGAUGCAGAAAACAUCUAUAUAUUAUCCAUGUACAUAGGAUAUCUGACAUUUAUACAUAUAUCAUAUACUGCAUCUCCAAACUUGUUACCAAUCGUUCUUUUAGAAGACCCAACAGGCAUAAUCCAUGGGGAGCUGCUACUGGAGACCCAAACACCUCACAGAGAAGGGACUUAUUCCAGUGAUGAAGAAUUCCAGGACGGUCCGGGCUUCACCUGCUGAGACCCUUUUAGAAAGGUUGUGUUAUCCCCGAUCCUUGCUGAUCAUGUGGCGUCCGAUCACUGGACACCUCACUCUGUGCUCGGCUGUUUCUGCAGCUCCCAUAGUGAAUGUACCUCCUCCCUACCUGGGGACACUGGGGUCCCUGUUAUUGAGAUACAGGGGAUAGAUGACACAACCCCCUCACCACCCCGUGAUGUACUUUUAUGUCCUGGGCGGGAUUACUUUCCUGAC